UCAGCUUCUACUGUUUUAUAGACUUACUUUGUGCAGAAUGUCAUCUGAUGAGGAGAAAAACACAAGUCCAGUUUUCCCAAAUGACUUUGUUCAGGACAGUUCUGUUUCUUCCGAUCCUCAGAUUUGUCACUGGAUGCUGUUUAUUGACACUUUCUGUUGGCGCGUAAGAGAUGAAUAUGAAGAGCUGUUUCGUUAUACUGUAGUGACUCCGAAGUUUGAGCAGUGUGUCUCAAAGUUUCCUGAACCUGCCUUGGAAAAGAGACCAUCUGAAAGAAUUUACAGGUUAACAGGUUAUGCCACUCACCAUAAUACUCCAGUCUCAACAUCAGUGAAGCAGGCCGAUAUGGAACAACCUGCUCUUCCAGAAACAACUUCCACACAUGGUCCAGGAGAAGUCAGCAAAACCACAGUGACUGAAUUAACUUCACCAGAUGGAAAAGUCACUCAAAUAGAAAAUAUAGUUGAUCUCUGGAGUGGAAGUCUUAAGACAAAUAUUCUGACUGAACUGAAAACUUGGGAACUUAAUUUGAUUCAACAACACAAGCUUCAAAUGAGACAAGAGAAAGAGAAACAUGACACACAAGUGAAACAACUGCAGAAUGAGAUGGAAAACCUGAAAGAGUUACUUCGUACUUAUGAAAUCUCUAUUAGCAGGAAAGAUGAGGUAAUUACUAACUUGACCCAAGCAUUAGAAAAGCAAAAGGAGAGAGUAGCGUUGAUGAGAAAGUUUACGCUGUGGCGGAUUCAGCAUGUUAAAGCCAAACAAGAGGAAUAUGCAAUUAGAAUGGCAGAUAAACAUUUCCAGACAGCUUUGAUGAAGAAAGUGUGGGCUGCAUGGCGCUCUGUUAGUGAAGCAAAAUGGAAAGACAAAGUAGCAAGAGCCUGUCAGUUAAAGGCAGAAGAUGUAUGUGUUCAGCUCACCAAUGAUUUUGAAGCAAAAAUUGCAGAGUUAACUGCUGCUUUGGAACUGACAAGAUCUGAGCUUCUGCAACUGCAUAGUGAAAGAGAUCAGUAUGAGGACACGAUGAAGAAGGCCUUUAUGCGUGGUGUAUGUGCUUUGAAUCUGGAAGCAAUGACCAUGUUUCAAAGCAAGGACAGUAGGCCAGAUCCUGAUACAGGAAGCAGGAGAAAUGAUCAUGCAACCACUGGUGCAGGAAGGCCACCUCCUUCACAAUAUAAUCAACCCUCACCACCACCUCCACCAGCAGCUGCUGUUCAGGUGGAAAACAUGUUUUGUUGCCACCUGGCUCAUGCAAGCACUCCUGAGACCAGGCUAGAUUCUGAUUCUCCAGUUAUCAUCACUAGCACAACAUCAGGAUCUGGUGUGACAUCAACGCAAAAACUGUCCAUGCCAAAAGUAAUAACAUCUGCACAACAGAAAGCAGGAAGAACAAUCACUGCUCGAAUCACAGGCCGAGCUGAUAUGGGACAAAAAUCCAGAGCUUCUGGGAGUUUAGCGGUGAUGGGAGUUGCUCCACCCAUGAGUUCAGUUAUUGUUGAGAAGCAUCAUCCAGUCACUCAGCAAACCAUAUCACAAGCCAUGGCUGCUAAGUAUCCUCGAACUGUGCUUCACUCUUCUGGCUCUACCUUUGCAAGACCUGCAGGACAAGCUGGGCGAGUGCUUCAGAGCCAAACUCAUACCAGUGUUCAGUCAAUAAAAGUUGUUGACUGACUGACUAUCUUUCUCACCAGUAGGGCUUUUUAAUCAAGGUACCACUUCCCCGUCCUUUCAGAUUUGAUGCAGUAAGGCCUAAAGUACAUAUCAUGUUUUUACCCCUUUCUAAAAAAGGAAGGUUUUUAAAGUGAAAGUGCUUUUAUAAUAAAACCUGGAGGGGAAAAAAGAGCUUGAGCUUGUUGUUUUACCUCCAAACUUUUUAUUAUUAAGAAAAACACUUUUUAUUUAAGAAAUCUUUAGCACACUUUUUAAAUAAAGGAUACAAUGUCAUUUUUGUCUGAAUCUCUUGUUUAAUCCCAAUUAUACUAACAUCUAUGUUCAAGAGAAAAUGAUUUUUUUUUCUUACAAACACUUUUACUUGCUUAUGCAUGUAAGUAUAGCUGACCUGCAAUUUAAUUAUAUCCUGCAACAGUGUAUGUAAAUGGAGAACAGCAGGGUAGCAUCCUCCACAGCCAGGGUCCAGUUUAGGCUAGGUGAGCUACAGUGCAUCAAAUUCUUAAACAUUUUCAUUUUGCAAGCUAAUGUUGCAGAACUUGAUGAAUCCAAGCAUCUGUACUUUAGGUCCCUAAUUCCAAAACUUUAUGAUUUACUGGUCUGUUCUUCAUAUUCCUGGGAGACACUGCAGCAGAGUCAAAGAAGAUUGCAAACAGGAGGACAGUUUGGAAUAAGACUUCAGGCUAAAAUCAGAUCACUUUUUUAGUACAAACAAUAGGAUUCAGCACAAAAUAAUGCUAGCUAUAUGCAAACAGAAAAGGCAAUUCAAUACCUCCAUUACCUGAUAAAACUAUUGCUAUGUUAUAAAGAAGAUCACUAAAAUAGACAUUUACAUAGUUUUUCAGAUAUUAAAUGUAUUCAGUAAUAAGAAAACCUUUAAACACAGUCAGCAAGUAUUAAUUCAAGAUAUAAGCAAGAAAUAAGUAAAUAAUUGCCAGAUGCGUGAAGUAUUAAGUAUCAAAUGCUCUUUUGAGGGUAUGUAACAACUUUUAUGCCAUGAUAGAAAAUUCUGCAGCCACAUGUGGUGUUUACACAUAACAUUUUUGUGUUUCUUCACUACAUAAAUCAUACGCCACAGUAGAAAGAUUUUUCAUAAUCCUAGCAAGAAUUUAUAAAAACCUGAAUCCCAAAUGAGGCCAGAUGCCAAGUUAUUUGCCAGUGUUAAUUGAUUUAUACACACAACUUUCACUUACUAAAUUUAAUUUUUUUCAUGUAGAAAACCUCUUAUUUACAUUUCACAUCAAACACAAAGUAGCUUAAUUUGCAUUUCCAAUACAGAAUUACUUUAUCAGUGUUAGGUCAGAUGUAGAAAUUGUAAGUGGUGAAUCUUGCUUAGCAAUUAUAAGCUACCAGUCAGCCAUUCAUUCUUAAAUGUUUUACAUUUCUAUUUAGCAAGCAUUUGAAAAAAAAGUAACAACUUCAGGAGUGCAAGUUCUUCAAGGGUGGAAAAAUUUGUGCAACUUCAAAAUAUGUUUUUUGUUUCCCUAAAAGAUAUUUGAAAGCCACUUUCCUUCUAACAUCUAAUUCCAUCAUAUAUGCCAUGUUUUGUUGAUGAACUCAUGAAAUGAUACAUUUUCUGGAGUCCAUGCCAAUGCUAACUGAAGCUCUGAUCUUCUCUGUAAAGUAAGAGAAAACACUUGAUUGGUGUGCUCUGCUUUGCACAAGUUCAGACUAACUGAAGGAUGGCCAGUCACAAUUUAACUGUGUGUGCAGGAGAUGAGGCAAGCAAGGUUUGCACAUGUCUGCCUUUAGAAACCUGAAGUCUGACAUAAAUGCUCUUUCUCAAACAGCCUCAGCCCUCAGGAAGGGCAGUCCCAACAAGGAGAAAGUGUCCUCCACCCCUGCCCUGGCCACAGCUCCCAGCACCAGCAGGGAGCUCAGCAUGGCACUGCAU